AUGAACUAAACUGUCCUCUUCUGGCCACAGAGCGACGUUCAGCUGAUCAAACAUGGAGACAAGGUGGGCGCCAGCGAGGCCACGCUGCUCAACAUGCUGAACAUCUCGCCCUUCUCUUACGGGCUGAUCAUCCAGCAGGUGUAUGAUAACGGCAGCGUCUACAGCCCCGAGGUGCUGGACAUCACUGAAGACGCCCUGCACAAGAGGUUCCUGGAGGGUGUGAGGAACAUCGCCAGUGUGUGUCUGCAGAUCGGCUACCCGACGCUCGCCUCCAUCCCUCACUCCAUCAUCAACGGAUACAAGAGGGUCCUGGCCGUCGCCGUGGAAACGGACUGCUCCUUCCCAUUGGCUGAGAAGGUAAAGCUCAGAUCUCACACAGAAGUGCUGCUGCUGCAGGUUAGGUUACGAAACGGCUGGUCCGUGGCAUUCUGUUGAUCAA